AUGGAUUCUGCUCAAAGUGCAUCAGUUGUGGAAGGAGAAACUAAUUCAGCUAGUCAGCCUUCUCAGUUAAAUGAAAUAGAUAUCUGGGUGCAAUUUGCUGGUGGAAAGAAAAAAGGAAGAGUCAAAGGUCUUGGCUCCCUGGGUCAAAGUGUAAAGACAUCUAAGAAAUCAACAUCAACUUUGUCAAAAGAAAUUGAUGAGAUGAUUAAGUCUCAGGUUGAUGCUUUAAAUGUUGAUUUGUAUUCUCAGUUGCAGAAUGAGCGACACAAAAAUAAGAGGAUAAGAAAGGAAUUGGACUUGUUGAUGAAGCAUGUAUAUAAGAAAUCAUCAUCAAAUGAUGAACGCCCAUCUCAAAAAGACAAUCAAGCUUAUGAAGAUAAAAGUGAUGAUGACUCUAACGACGUGAAUGAAAGUGAUUCUAAUUCUGAUAACGUGAAUGAAAGUGAUUCUGACCCAGAUGGUUAGUAGUUUAUUGAGGGUUCAAGUUUGAAAUAUUAUGUUAUGGAUCAUUUAAGAAUUAUACAUUAUUGAUGUGGAUGUUAUGAAUUAUGGUUUUUGUUAGCUGUAAUGAUUUAUAUUAGACUUAUGUUGAAUGAUGUUUUUGAGAAUUAUUGGAGGUUUCGAAUAGAUUUUU